AUGGAUGACACUCAAAUGAAUAAAACUGUAGAUGCGACUGCUACGAGAAAGCGGCGGUCAUCCAUAUUAAAGAACCAGAGACCACCACGCACACCAUUUUCUGAACUUGAAUUCAAUGUAGCCACACCCACAGAUACAACUAAGAAUCGCCGUGUUAGCUUCUCUAAACGAACUGGUGUCGUGGAAUUUGAAACUAACGAAGUAUCAACAGCCUGGAAGAAUUUCUAUGAAGAGCACAAUAGGAGUCUGGAAACCUCUGGAAAUGAUGAUAGCGUUAAAGCACCAAGACCUCCUCCUAUCAGCCAAUUAGGGAGGCACAUAUUUGAUGACCAAGAGUUUGAGGAAAUAGAAACUGUAGACUUUUGCGCAGCUAUAAGACCGACACAAUCUUUACCACAAGAAUUCCAAAACUCUAUUAGUAAUGCCAACUUCACGGACCAUUUGGCAUCCUUACAAUGCACUACAGAAAAGCCCAUAUUGCCACAACAGAGGUUUGAACUGAGCGAGCUAACGGAUCAGCAAAGUAAACUAUUUAGAAAUGAUCUUACUAUACCCACUAUGGCAGAGAUGUCAAAUCAAAUGAACGUAAAUUUUUCUCUUACGCAAAACAAGGGUGAUGACUUAGAUGAAAUUCAGAGGGACUUGGCUAGAAGAGCACAACAGAACAUUGUAGGCCCCACAGAUUUUGGUCUAUCUGAAUAUAUUGAAAUUGAUAUAAAUUCUACCAAAAUUGAAAUAUCAAAUGAUGAUAAUAUGUCAAUUACAGAUACUAUCCAGAGUCCAAAGGUACAAGAAAUUUCACAGGCCCUAUCCAAAAAGAAUGUAGCCAAUUACAGUUUGGAUGACAAAGAAAAUAUAUUAGUUAACCCAUACGCACCUAUUAGGGAAUCUGAUAAUUUUGCUAUUCAUGAGGAAGUUUUGGUUUUUGAUGGAAAGAAAUUAACUAUACAAAAAGAAUGUAAGUCAAAAGCAGAGAUGCCAUUUACAUGUGAUUUACCAAACUUUGUAUCAGAUUCUAAGCCACAUUCAAUUAUAACUAAGGAUAAUAAUUCCAUAUAUAAUGAUGAAAAUAUGCCAAUCCCAAAAGAAAUGCCAUCGAGACGGAAGACAAUAGUUUUUGAUGACAAUAUGGGUGAUAUAUCUACGACUCAAGUAGUUCCUGGUAAAGUUAUUGAACAAAGAAGAAGAACUAUUGUCUUUGAAAAUGAUUGUGAUGUUUCGACAACUCAGGCAGUGCCUACAAACAUAAUUGUAGAUAUGGUUGAAAAAGAUAAGCCUUCCCAGUUAGAGUUAUGUAGAAAUACAACUGUUUAUGAUAACAACUGUGAUAUAUCUAUGACGCAGGCAAUUCCUACAAAUAUAGUAAGUGCAUUAAACAAUGAAGCACUAUAUACAGAGCCUAUAAAAGAGAGAAGACGAACUGUCAUUUUUGACACUGACUGUGACAUAUCAACCACUCAAGCUAUACCCGCCAACAUUAUUACAACAACAAAUGGAAAAUUUAAAACCUUUGAAGAAAAAAGAACAAUUGUCUAUGACAACGAUGUAGAUAUUUCAACAACGCAAGCUAUACCGACACACAUAAUUGAUGCAAAUACUGAGGCAGAAAGAAGAAGAACAAUUGUGUUUGACUGCGAUGUAUCUAUGACGCGGGCGAUCCCUACGAAUAUUCUUGAUAACAAAGAACAAAAAGAACGCGGAGGAAGAAGAAAAACCAUAGUGUUUGAUGACGAUUGCAAUGUUUCUAUUACACAGGCUAUCCCAGCUUUGAUCUAUCAAGACCAUGCAGAACCGAAAAUAGUUUUAGACAAUAAAAACAUUUCCAUUGUACAAGACAAUCCACCAAAACCGGCUUCUAAUUCUACACUCAACCAACAUGCAAAUGAUAUUUCCAUUACUCAAGCCCCGCCACAGAAUAUCCUUCCAGCUAAGAGGCAAACAAUUUUCAAUGACAAUGAUAUUUCUAUUACACAGGCGAUACCCACAAAUAAUAUAAAUAUCAAAAAUAAUAUACAUGACACUAAAAUGGAUACAUCCUUGACAGAAACUCUUCCACCACAUGUCUUUCCGACACAAAUUGAUUCACAAAAACAUUGUCCGCCUGUAUCGGCAGAUAUAUCAACCAUUGAAGCUAAUCCUAAUCAAAUUCUUCCUAUUAUGGAAGAUGUACUUAUGCAUGAAUGCCAACCUACUAAGGAAGCAAAUCAAAUUAAAGAAAUUCAUAAUGAAGAUGACCACUGCCCAACUGCUGAAGAACCUUCAGUGUUUGAGGCAGGAGUUAAACUGCAUCCUAAUUUAAGUUUGAAUAAAACAGAUAAUCAAUUUGAGAACAUGCAUACUUCAUGUAAUGACCGCACUGCCCCUGGCUUACUAGGCUCUGAUAUCAAUGGUAUUAAUCAAUCGGUUGAUAUUUUACAGAAGAAUCAAUAUGAAAACAUUAAACAAGAUUUAACUAAUAUGUCACUUAAGACGCCUCAUACAGUAAGCCCAUGUGACAAAUUAGAGGAAGUGGAAGGUAAAAAAACAUGCAUAAAAUAUGAGGACCUAUGUCAUGAGUCCACAAACCAAAUCUUAGUCUAUCAAUCUGCAGAUGUCAAUAUAAAACAAGAAAGUCAGCAGGUCAAUAGUGAGAGUGGCGUAGAAAGUAAUCAUUCUGAGAAAAAGGCAUCUGAAGAAUCAACAAUAGAAUACAAAGACGUUACAUUAAAAAAAUCUUCUGAGGUUUUAGAAAAAGACAUAGAAAUCGUACCAUUAGUAACUGAUGAUACAAUGGAGGCAAAAUCAGUAUUAAGAAGCAUAAGCGUAACUGGAUCAGCGUUGUCCCAAACCUCAUCUAAAUUUAAAAAAUCGAUACUCAACGAACUCUUGGACAUGUCAACUGCCUCGGAGGAGUGUUAUGAAGAUAAGAACCACAUGGCCGUUAUAGAAUCUCCACUGAUAGAUAAUGAAAGCGUAAUGGAUCUAGUGGAAACUUCGAAUAUAGAUGAUGAAGCUAAAAGUGACCCAGAAGUUAAAUCAGACGACGUUUUUAUUAUAAGAAAAGAUAGCGACGAAGAUGAAAUUAAAAAUUUAGAAAAUGCCACUUCUGUACAAGAAGUCGAUAAUAAAUUACCCGAACUUGAAUUUAGAGAGGAAGACAGUGUUGUCGAUGAUCUAAAGAAUAAAUUACAAUCACUCAAGACGGCAGCGAAGAAUCGUCAUUACGAACAGGUUGUUAGCCCGAGCGAGAAGGAAAUGGAUAGAUCAGAAUUUAACGAUUUUAAUAAUUCAAGAAAGACAAAGUCUUUUAAGAACGCAGAUGAUACACGUGAACUUUUGCAAAUGCUGUCAGAGUUCACCGAUCGACCGUCUCUUCCUCCGACGAUAGUAGAAGAAAAUGAUUUAUCAGUAAUGGGAGAGAAGAUUGAGCAAACUCAAACGGAGCCCAGAAGAAUUAGUUUCGCUCCAAAUAGACGGUCUGUAGUUCUCAGCAAGGAGGAUCUUCUAAAGAACAUCUCUAUGGCACACGCAGCCUUACAGAGAUCUCGGUACUUCGAUGAAUCCGAGCUGGACGAUGCCACUGAGGUGUCUGACGAGGUUAUAGAAGUUGACAGAACUGCGAGGAGAUCUUUGAGGAUCAGCGGUGAUGUCGUUAAAGCUCUUCAAUUCAACGAUACUAAUGAUGACGUAAGUGUUGAGUUGUCGCCGCUGAAGAAGACCGCUUUCGGCGAAACGUCAUACAUGAAAGAGACAAGGGAGAAGGCAAAAGUUAUUCCAACAUACGAUGUAUCAGAUGGCAUCAAGGAACUAAUGAGUGAUUUGGUCAAACCCAUGGCGGACGUGUUGCCAUUCGAGGCCGGUGUCUUGGACAAGAACACGAAGAAAACACCAUCGACGAUCAGCACGCAAAUUCAAGCGAACUUGGUUACGUCCAGUCAGAUUGAUAUUGAUGUUGAGAUGCACUCAAAUCCGGAGUCUGCGUUUGAUGUAUUGCAAGACAAGUCCUUGUUGAACCAGAUCGCUACUUUGGGUGGUAAAGCGUUAGCUAGGGUAUUGAAUGGUUCUGAUUCCAAACCAUCACAGGACGAAUUGGAGACCAAUGUCAAACAAUCACCCAGGAAAUCGCCGAGGAGACGCCAAAGCGUACCUGGCGGAGUGUUAGUUUUUGACCACACUAAUCCACUUAACAACGUCCUCCUAUCGCCUAGAGAUUACGUAAACGUUCAUCCAUACAACCCUAUUAAAUCUUCAGAUACCCUCAAUUCUGAGAGAGAACAAUCCGCUCAGUUUUCCGCAACAUCAUCCGGAGAAGAUAGAGUAGAAGUGGAGAGAGUCUCAACACAAUUCAACGUUAACGUAAAAUGCAUAGCAUCUGGAGACGCCGGGGUGGAGAUCAAACCUGAACCCAGCGAAUCCUCAGUCAAAAGCAAACCGGUAUCAAUAGACCGGUCUAUAGAAAUGAAACUGAAUAUAACAGAAACUGAAAUAAACACAGACAUCGCAAUGAAACCCAAUGCUGAACUUCUAGAAGAUAAUUCUUCUCUCACACUGGUAGACGAUGCAUUAGCCCGCAGUACGUUUGAUGUAGAUUUGGACGUCCCACAAUCUGAAGAGGCGAGAUCUCCAGUAAGAGUUAUUUACAAGAUGUAUCAGAACGGAGUUCUGUCAGAGAAAGUAGAGUCAGACAUCACGUCAACUGACGGAGACUACGAGACGAUAGAAAGUAAGCCGAAGAAAAGAAGCCUAAGUCCCAAUAUAGGGCAAAAGGAAGUGACACCGAAGCCCCAAAGUAAGAUGCAAAGGUUGUCUAACAGCCCAGAAGGGGGGAAGAGUCCGCAGAAGAGGUUAACAAAGACGAGAAACAGUCCCAAGAAAUCGAUCACAGUGCAGCAAUUAAUGGCCGAAUUCAAUGUAACGGAGAUAGAUGGAAAUGCUAUCUCCGAGGAAGUGAACCACGCGAUAGAAGCCCUAUCAACAGAUACAGAUAUGUACAGCGUGACCUCAAAUGCCAGUGCGAAGGAGAGCGUCAGGUCGGAGUUGAUGGCGCUUGGAAGUGACGUUUCGAGGGUAGAAUGGAAAAAUCCGUGUAUGAGCGAUCAAAGUUCGAAGAAUCUGAUUGGGGAGUGCGAGUCGAGUGCGAACGUGGUUGCGAAGAUCGAUAUGUUGCCAUUUAUGGGGAGUUGUGACUGUGAAUGGGAUACCAGCUCCGGUGAUGUCUGGUCCUUCUUGCUUCUGCGUGCUCGGUUGCGUCUGACCAUCCGAAUGGAGCAUAGCUACCUCAACGCGUCCAGAUCUAGAGUUAGAGCGGACACUCCGCUUGUGUCUGUAUCUGUGGAUUCUAUACAUAGCACCGAGAAAGACCCGCUAGUCUCCCUCUGUCUUCGAUUCGCGAUGGAGGCGAUGCGCUACGAGUGCUCCAGGUCCUGCAGCAAGGCUGGCGAUGUGCCAUCAGUGCUGAAGCGUUGCGCCAAUGUCAGCAGGAUUGCUGUUCAGUGGUUGAAGGCUAUGAGGGACGCGAUGCUGCGGCUGGCCUAUCAAGUAGAUGAAGAUGGUUACCUCACUUUGAAGAUAGCGAACAUACCGCUGCGGUCCGUCUGGGAGAUAUCGUUGCGGAUAGAGCUCAUUGUAGAAGAUGCGCAGGAGACGGCUUGGCCGCGCGCCGGCUCCGUUGAUGUGGCGACAAUUGUGGCUGACGUGGACAUAGACUCCGAAACCCUGAGGGAUCUCGUCUCGCACGUACCACACGACUGGGGCCAUGUUCCCAGAACGAUAUGGAAACUAUUCAAGUACCUGAAGAAUAAACGGCGAGACGACGAGUUCUACGGGCUAAAUUUCAUGAAUGUAAAAUUGAAUGGAAUUUAA